AUGUCGCCUAUUAAUAUUAUUGGUUGCGAAGAGCAUUCAGAUUGGUUUUAUAAACAACAAAUAAAAAGGAAAGCUCGUAAAGAGUCGGAUUUUUACACCAUUUUUAACCCUUUUGAUGAAGAGUGUUUGAAAAAGUAUGAAUAUGUUUCUAUCCAAGAAAGAGAUAAAAUAAUUGAUAUUCUUGAUGAUACUUGUUUGAAGGAGUAUGAACUUAAUUCUAUUCAAGGAGAUAAUCUUUAUAAUAAUGGCAAUAACUAUACCAAUGGAAAUGUAAAAGGAAAGAAUGUAAAUAACAACAAUUAA